UCACUAGCGUACUAAGCUAACUCAUUUCGUAUGCUACUGGAAGACAUGGGGGCUGUGUUUCACAGCCAUUACUGACAGCGCUACUGCUGAGAGUCCACAUAACCUAAGAAAUAGAACUGAGAGCCCUUUUCAUAUUAAGCUGCCAGGUCAGACCCUGAACAUGGAAUCCAUGCUGAACAAGCUAAAAAGCACCGUCACUAAGGUGACGGCAGACGUCACCAGCGCUGUCAUGGGCAACCCGGUGACACGGGAGUUUGAGGUUGGACGACAUAUUGCCAGCGGGGGUCCCGGCAUGUGCUGGAGGAUCUACAAUGGCACCAAGAAGUCCACCAAACAGGAAGUGGCAGUGUUUGUGUUUGAUAAGAAGAUGAUUGACAAGUAUCAGAAAUUUGAGAAGGACCAAAUCAUCGAUUCGCUGAAAAGAGGUGUGCAGCAGCUGACCAGACUUCGUCACCCCCGUCUCCUGACUGUGCAGCAUCCUCUUGAAGAGUCACGAGACUGCCUGGCGUUCUGUACGGAGCCAGUGUUUGCCAGUCUGUCCAAUGUGCUGGGCCAGUGGGACAACCUGCCCAGCCCCGUGCCCAAUGACAUCAAGGAGUACAAACUCUAUGAUGUGGAAACCAAGUAUGGCUUGCUACAGAUCUCAGAGGGUUUGUCGUUUCUGCACAGCGGGGUGAAAAUGGUCCAUGGCAACCUGUGUCCGGAGAACAUCAUCCUCAACAAGAGUGGAGCUUGGAAGAUCAUGGGCUUUGACUUCAGCAUCUCCUCUACAAACCCCUCAGAUGCUGAGCCCAAGUACACAUGUAAAGAGUGGGAGCCCAACCUCCCUCCACUCUGCCUCCCUAACCCUGAGUACCUCGCCCCUGAGUAUAUCCUGUCCGUCAGCUGUGACUCUGCCUCCGACAUGUACUCGCUGGGCGUGGUCAUGCAUGCAAUCUUCAAUGAGUGCAAGCCUGUUUUCCAAGUCAACAAGCAUGACAUCUUUAAGAGCUUCAGCAGGCAGCUGGACCAGCUGAGCAGCAUGAAUCCAGCACUGCUGAAUAAGAUCCCUGAGGAGGUGCGGGAGCAUGUCAAAAUGCUGCUCAGUGUCACGCCCAAUGUCCGGCCUGAUGCCGACCAGAUGACCAAGAUACCAUUUUUUGAUGACGUGGGUGCUGUUACUCUUCAGUACUUUGACUCCCUCUUCCAAAGGGACAACCUACAGAAGUCUCAGUUCUACAAAGGCCUCCCCAAAGUCCUGCCCAAACUGCCCAAGCGAGUUGUGGUGUAUCGAAUCUUGCCGGCGUUGACCUCUGAGUUUGUCAACCCGGACAUGGUUCCCUUCGUGCUGCCCAAUGUGCUGCUGAUCGCUGAGGAGUGCACUAAGGAGGAGUAUGUUCGUCUCAUCUUGCCUGACCUCUCACCUGUGUUCAAGCAGCAAGAGCCUAUUCAGAUCCUACUGAUCUUCCUGCAAAAGAUGGACCUGCUGCUGACCAAAACGCCGGCGGAGGACAUUAAGAACAGCGUGUUGCCUAUGGUCUACAGAGCUCUGGAAGCCCCUUCUGUACAGAUUCAGGAGCUGUGCCUGAACAUCAUCCCGACGUUUGCCAACCUGAUUGACUACCCCUCCAUGAAGAACUCCCUCAUCCCUCGAAUCAAAUCAGCCUGCCUAAAGACCUCCUCACUAGCUGUACGAGUAAACUCUCUGGUGUGUCUGGGGAAGAUUUUGGAAUAUCUAGACAAGUGGUUUGUCAUUGAUGAGAUCCUGCCCUUCCUACAACAGAUCCCCUCUAGAGAACCAGCAGUACUCAUGGGCAUUCUAGGAAUCUAUAAAUGCACCUUCAGCCACAAGAAGCUGGGCAUUCCCAAAGAGCACCUUGCCGCCAAGAGCCUGCCCCACCUUGUCUCUCUUAGUAUAGACAGCAACCUGAACCUGAAUCAGUUUAACUCGUUCAUGAUGGUCAUACGGGACAUGCUGAGUCGCAUGGAGGCUGAACACAAGACCAAGUUGGAGCAGCUGCACGUCAUGCAGGAGCAGCAGAGGAGUAUGAACAUUUCAAACCCAGGGAACCAAUCAGAGGAGACCAAGAGCCCACCAAGCUCCGGCAACCAGAUUGACGAUAUCUUUGGCAGCCCAGGGGUUAAUGGGAAAGAGAAUGGAUCUGCAGCGGUAGCCUCACAGCCUAAUAGAAUGUCUCUGACUCUAGAAGAGAAACAGCGAUUGGCUAAGGAGCAGGAGCAAGCGGCCAAACUGAGGAGCCAGCAGCCGUUAGCACCACAGACUCUCAAACCAGCUACCACCACCAACUCACAGACUAAGGAUCUGACCAGCAGCCUUCUCAACAACAUAACAUCGCUAAACAGCCUGUCCUUGGCCAACACAGCACGACCAGCACCAGUGCAGGGCACCACCAUCUCUGCCUUCCCCUCCUCUAGCCCCAUGGUUGGCUCCAUGGGCGCCCAAGUCUCUAAUGGCUUCAACCCACCCAUGAGCUUCCAGACAGGAGGCAUGGGCAUGGGCAUGCGUCCCGCGGGCCCCGGCCUCUACGGCGGCAUGGCCACCACCACCAGCACCCCAAACUUUGGAGCGCUCACACAGAAUCAAGCCCCCAUAGGGCAGACGAAUAAAGCCCCCGACAUGUCAGCCUUGGACAGUCUUUUUACACCCAGCAAGCCCAAAGUCACCCUCAACCAAAUGGGUCCCACGCCUACACCUGGAAGCAACACUCCUUGGCUCAGUCAGUUCGGUUCAGCACAGAACGCUCAGACUCAGAUGCAGGGUGUGUCGGUAGGUAUGGGAGGGGUGCCAAGUGGGUUUGGGAUGCAAGCAAACCCUUUUUUCAGCCCGCAGAACUUUUCUCAAUCUGCUGCUGCCGCUAGCAUGAACCAAAGUGGAGUUAAACAUAGUGCAUCUGUCAACAAUGAUCUGAAAGACUUAUUUGGCUAAAUGUAAGUGAAAAGAUGCCAGGUUAAGUAUGUAAUUGUAAUAACUUUGGACAGAAGAGCCUUUAAUUCUCACAGAACAAGACACUGAUUGAAUGUGAAGAUUUAAAAUCCUUUCAAGGAUGUUGCUGUCUGUAUUUUUAAUGCGACCUGGUUUAAAUUCUGAAUCUUGCUCACCUUUAGCUGGCAAGUUAACCUGCACCUGAAUUCCAUUUCUACUUGACCAGGACAAAAAGGGCGGGGUGGGAACUACUACUUCUAUGCUGUGUUCUUUAAAUGCUGGGGGUUUCCUACUGUUUUGUACUUGACAUUCUUGGGAGUCCAAAUGUCAUGGGUUGAGAUAAAUCCCAACUCAGUUUAUUCAGGAAGGUUUUGUGUUCAUUUUAUGAAUGAUUGAGUGGAUCGAUUGCAUUGCACUUCCUGAAAAAGAUGCAUCAGAAUCACAUGUCAGAAUUGGCAGAAAAAAAUGGGAAAAGUGGCUUCCAUGCCACACAUCUGCUGAGUUUCAGGCUUCUGUACCUUUUAUCGUUUCUCCAGACUAUUUUAGGAUUUGCUGCAUAUCUAAAGUGAUCAGAGGGUUGACUUAAAAACAAAUACCGCAUACACCCAAAUGUCUGAGCCCGGUGGGAGAUACCAUACCAAGUGUGGCACUGUAAAAGCUGCAGUCACAGACCUGCAUCCAGAAAGGCUCCUCUGUGGAGACGAUCUGAAAGGGGGCGUAGAAAACUUGACUGCCCAGCAGUUGCGGUUUAGAUGGGGCAAACAGAGUAACCCCUCUGCAGUCCAUCUCCAUGGUAACGGUUUCUCUGCAGCACUUCCAUUUUGAGAACACAAAUUGGACGUACAAUCCAGUCUGGUCUUCAUUUUUUCCCCCCUUUGAUCUCAUUCUUUUAUUAUGUGGUUCUAGCACUGCAAAGCCUGUUUUUCUGUUCAUCACUUAAUUUGACAUGUAAGCAAGCACAUCGAAAAAAGGAAGUUAGUUUUUAGUUAGUUAGUUUUGGCUGGUAAAAGUUUGUUGAGAACCAUUUUCGCCUCCUUUUGGUAACAGAAAACAUUCUACCAGUUUCUGUGAAUGCAGUAUAAAUGACCUAUGUGUCUGAUUGCAGGUUAGGAUGUGUGGAGUAGCUAUUACAGCAGUGUCCUUUUAACGAGAUGCUAAAGCUAAAAGCGAUGAACAAGGACCAUAUGCACUGCUUAGGCUAUAGUGCCUUACAUAGGUACCUGUUUAAAACUAGACAAGCCGCACUCAUCGGUUAAUAUUUCCCCCCUUAAUCAGCUGUCUGGCGUUUGCUACUCAAAUUACUCGCUUUAUUGCAUGUUACUGAGCUUGACCACUUUUCUAAUAAUGAUUCCUAAUCGUUCCAGUGACCAAUGACAUUUUAUUUCACACAUCCAGCAGGAUUUGCUCUGAUGAGAUUUAUAAGGAGCUCAAAAUCCUCCAGUGUACCACUUCUGUUGAUCAGUUUGUACAGUGAAGAAGAUAUCACCUUUAUAUUUUGAUUUCAGCACUUUUCAGCUGUUAGGACUUGUGCCGGCAACAUAUUAUGAAGUGUAAAUAUAUAGUUAUUUAAAAAGAGUUGCUCUGUGAGGGCCUUGGCAUUUUUAUGUUCUUGUGAUAAUGGUUAAGAGGCCUUAGAUGAGUCGUGUGCAAUAAUCCUUAUUGGUUGUUGAGGGUGCGUAUUGAUCGGCUCAAGAAGCUCUCAAUAUGUCCUUACCUCCAUCUCCACUGACCUACCAUAACUUCAUAGGUCUGUCUGAUUUUUCUAAACUGCUAAACACUGAUGUGUACUCAUUCUAAAUCUUAUAUUUCUGGAGCAAAUAACACCAUUUUAGGGGUUUUUAGAUGCACCUUGUUCAAACUGUUUCUGCUGACAAUGAUUGUCGUUAACAUGCCGAAGUGUAACGUCUGUUAUUGGAUUAACUUUUGUUUUUGUGUAGUAAUGCCACCCAUACAAGGUGACCUUUCUCUCCAGCCGCAUGGCAGUGUUAUACGCUUGUGAAUUUGGCUCUUCAGGUUCUACUAAUUUCCCCCUUUUUUUUCUUUUUUUUCUCAUACAUGACGACAAAUGUCUCUGUGAUUGGAUCUUUUUCAUCUGUAGCUCGACAUACACUAUGUGGCAGUUUUUGAUUUUAGCACAAAGUGGAUGUGAUGUUAAGAGCGUGUGUCACAUACCCUGGCAGAACCCCAAAGCAGAAAACUAAAGCUUAUUCUUCUACAAGAUUGUUUGUAUACUACUGCUGUCAUAUAUGUGUAGUGUGGCCCGUGUUUUAUGUGUUAAGGUGCUGGUCUCUGAAGUGAUGAAAAUGAAAAUAUGUACAUAUAAAGGAGAAGUACACAAUCUAA